AUGAUUGCGAAAUUUUGGAUUGAGGCGGCAUUGGGAAAGCUGCCUAGUGAGGGAACAAAAUCGGCGAUAAUGAGCGCAAAUGCUUCGAAAGAGAUGCCUACUAUAAAUGGCGUUGGCAGUAGUGUGAUAGAGAAAGCGCGCUUAGAGAUUAUGGAAGCGCUGGUGACAACCGAAUUUCGUAUGGGUAACAUUGAUGGCGCGUUUGAAAUUAUAAAUAAAUUGCUGCGACAGCAUCCUAGAAGCGAAUUUUUCCGCAAAGUUAGAGCGCAAAUGGAAAAUGAAUUGGAGAAAUCUACUGCGAACUCCAAGGACAAAAAACAAAAGAAAAAG